GACGGCAGGCUGGAGCCCUGGUACUCUUACACUCACUGGUUCCCCAUGGCUUCGGCCCAUGUGAUGAAGGACGGCGGGCCAGAGCCGAUACCUCGCAUGCAGCCGGCCAUGAUGAUGUUCUCCAGCAAGUACUGGUCCAGGAGGGGGAUGUCUCUGGACUCAGCCAUGUUCGACCAACAGAACCGCCAGCAGCAGCAGAAACACACCGGAGGACAGAUGUCCAGGAGGACAUCCUUUUGUCCAAUCAACGAGACGCCAGAGGGCGAGAGCGCAGAGGAUUCUGGGAAAACAGCGGUGGUGUUUUCACUGAAGAAUGAGGUUGGCUGUCUGGUCAAAGCUCUCCGACUCUUCCAGGAGAGGCGGGUCAACCUGAACCACAUUGAGUCCCGGAUGUCAAAGCGGGUUCCUAAUGAGGUGGAGAUCUUUGCUGACUGCAAAUGUAGCAAGAAAGAUUUCAACGAGCUGCUGCAGCACCUCAAAGACCACGUCAACAUCAUCUCCUUUAACACGCCUGCCCACGUGUGGUCAGCUGAGGCAGAUGAAGAGGAUGUUCCCUGGUUUCCCAUGAAAAUCUCGGAGUUGGACCAGUGCUCCCACAGAGUGCUGAUGUACGGGUCGGAGCUGGAUGCAGACCAUCCUGGGUUUAAGGACAAUGUUUAUCGCCAGCGCAGGAAGUACUUUGUAGAAGUGGCCAUGAACUACAAAUUCGGGCAGCCCAUCCCACGGAUCGAGUACACCCCGGAGGAGGUGAAGACGUGGGGCGUGGUGUUCAGAGAGCUGACCAAGCUGUACCCGACCCACGCCUGCAAGGAGUACCUGAAGAACCUGCCGCUGCUCACCAAACACUGCGGCUACAGGGAGGACAACAUCCCACAGCUGGAAGACGUCUCCCACUUUCUUAGAGAGCGUUCUGGCUUUACGGUGCGACCUGUGGCAGGUUACCUUUCUCCCAGAGACUUUCUCGCUGGUUUGGCCUACAGAGUGUUUAACUGCACACAGUACAUCCGUCACAGCACUGACCCACUCUACACACCAGAACCAGAUACGUGUCACGAGCUGCUGGGUCAUGUUCCUCUUCUGGCUGACCCGAAGUUUGCCCAGUUCUCCCAGGAGAUCGGCCUGGCCUCACUGGGAGCAACCGAUGAGGAUGUCCAGAAACUUGCUACGCAUGCUUUGUCUGAUAAAGCCUGUGUGAAGAUGUUUGAUCCAAAGACGACAUGCAACCAGGAGUGCCUAAUCACCACCUUCCAAGAGGUUUAUUUUGUCUCGGAGAGCUUCGAGGAGGCCAAGGAGAAGAUGAGAGAGUUUGCCAAAUCCAUAAAGAGGCCGUUCUCUGUGUACUACAACCCCUAUACGCAGAGCGUGGACCUGCUUAAAGACACGCGAAGCAUCGAGAAUGUGGUGCAGGACCUGCGCAGCGACCUCACCACGGUCUGCGACGCCCUCGGCAAGAUGAACACCUACCUGGGCAUCUAAGGCCAACACCAGAAAAAUGAU